AUAUAAUAAAUGAAAAAAAAAAACCGUGUGAAAUUAGUAUUCAGAGAGAGUUUUUCAAAACACAAUGACGUGGCCAGAAAAUUAUUACUUAUUAUUUUUUAAAUUAUUUGUUUUAAUUUCCAAAAUCAAUUGUGAUCAAUUAUGGCAACAAGAUUUAUCAAAAGAUAUCACAAUCGGUGCAGCAACAUCAGGCUAUGAUAAAGUUCAACUACGUUGUGGAGCAAAUUCGAUGCAAGUCGAUAUUACAUUAUCAGAUAAUAAUGGAGAUUCUACACAAGGUCGGGAAUCGGUCAAUGAUUUUCAAGGUGUUAUUUAUACACGUGGUAGCUUUCAUCGAAAACAAGCACCGUGCUAUUUAGAUCCAGAUGAUCCAAGCACAAUAAGAUCAAAUAAUGGAAGAUCGUUUACAUUGAAAUUUCCAUUAAAUAAGUGUCAAACAUUACAUAAUGGUGAUAUAUAUUCAAACGUAAUUGUUGUACAAUAUGAUAAAGAUUUAAUAAUGCCUGGCGAUGCUGCAUUUAAUGUGGAAUGCGAUUUUAGUAAGCCGCGUGAUAUAACUGUUAAUGCUGAUUUAAAUGCUAAUGAAAAUGGAGUUAACAGAAAAGCAGUGGCAUCCCGAAUAACUUUAACUGAUGCUGAUCCAGCCGCUUCAACAGCAGAUCAUCGAUAUAAACGUGCAAUCUCUGAAAGUGAUACAGAUUUUGUUGAAUUUACACCAGCGCAUGUUCUAAGUAAGCUAAAAGAUGAAUUGUAAAAUUGCACUAUCAUAUAGUCAAAUUAUUUUUUGCUGUAUAUACAAAAUUAGUUAAUUAUAUAUGUAUAU